AUGGUGCUGAUCCUUGGAACUGUCCUCGCGGUGCUGCUGGGGAGCUCCCCCGUCACUGCGGGCUCCCUGCGCGACAUCGAGCAUGUCGUCAUUUUCAUGCAAGAGAAUCGCGCAUGGGAUACGUACUUCGGCACGAUGGCAGGUGUUCGUGGCUUCAAUGACCCCAAUGUCCAAGUCAACCCCGAUGGACAGUCGGUCUGGAAUCAGGUAGUUGAGCCGAGCAUGUCUAACGCUACUAAAACCCUUCUGCCCUGGUACCUGGGCUAUCAGGGAGGUGACUCGAAUGAAGCGAUUCAGUGCAUCACUCCCGGUGAUAACGGCUACCAGGAGAACCAGGCCUCCCUCAACCACGGUCUGAACAACUACUGGGCCCGUAACAACACUCCCUGGAGCUGGGGCUACUUCAAGCGCGAGGAUAUUCCCGUGCACUUCGCUAUUGCUGAAGGGUGGACCUCCGGCGAUAUGUACCAGGAGGGGCAAGUCGCCUCCACUAACCCUAACCGUGUCACUCUAGUCAGUGGCUCCGUUAAUGUACCCGGUAGCCCGCAAAACUCCACCCAGGGUGGCCCGACACUUGACAACAACGAGAUUCCUGGCUGCGAUCGCCUGGGUAUCAACUGCUAUCCCCUGAAAUGGAAGACCGUUUACGAGUUCUACGAGGAAGCUGGUGUCUCGUGGCAGGUCUACCAGGGCACUAACAACUACGACGAUAACCCACUAGCCUGGUUCGAGCAAUUCCAGAAGGCGAGCAAUAAUACUCCCCUCGCUGAGAAGGGCAUGUCCUUCCUAGGUCUCGAUACGUUCUACGCUGCCGCUGCCAAUGGCACCCUUCCCGAGGUCAGCUUUAUUGUUGGGCCUAAGGAGCUAUCCGAGCACCCGCCCUGGCAGCCAAAGGACGGUGCCUGGCUACAGAAGCGGGUUGUUGAUGCUGUCAUCAAGAGCCCUAAGUACUCAUCUACUCUGCUGAUGAUCAGCUACGAUGAGACUGGUGGUUUCGGCGAUCAUGUCACUCCUUUCCACUCGCCCCCAGGUACCCCCGGAGAAUGGAUAAAGGACCCACUGGGCCUGUUUGGUGACAUCUUUGUGGGACCUGGUUUCCGUGUUCCUUUUUAUAUAAUCUCCCCCUGGACUCGCGGCAACCGCGUCUUUACGGAGCGGGCCGAUCACAACUCCCAGAUUCUGUUCGUGGAGCAGUGGCUCACGGCUCGUGGGUACAAGAGCAUCCAGACUGAUCAGAUGGUUCCGUGGCGACGUGCCCACAUGUCCAACCUGGUCAAUGCCCUGGAUUUGGACAACCCCGAUUUGUCUCUUCCUAGCCUGCCCGAGGCUGAGACCCCUAUAACCAACAGCAAUGGCGACUAUGUCGGCUGGUCCCAGUGCGAGUCCAAGUUCCCCAACCCGCGUCCUCCAGUUCCUUACGGCCAGCAGCAAAACUCCACUAACGCCCUCUGGUUCGAGGAUGGCUACAAGGAGGUGGUCGGUUAUCUGACCGAGGGACGAUACCUGGUUCCCGAGAAGGGUGGUGUAGCGCUGACGAACUCCGGCAAGCGAAACUACGUGACCGUGACCACAGCGACUGAGAAUCACGAGGACAAGCACCAGCGCUGGGUCAUCCACUACACCGACGAUCCAGAGAGUGGGAUCUUUACCAUCUCCAGCGCCCUUGAUGGCCGAUGGCUCGGCGCUCGCGGUGCCCUGCUGGACAGCGACCAGGCCUCAGACGCCGAGCCCGUGCGCAUCACCUUCCUCGGCAACGGUCUAGGAUACACCCUGCAGUAUGUUAAUGGCAACCAGUACAUUGACGUGAACCACGGUGGUCAACUCAACAUCGCGACCCAGCCCCAUUCGCCGGACCAGGGCUUCAAGAUUUUUAGCGUGACCUAUCACGACUAA